UGGUAGUCAGACAGUAAGAAUGGCUCCUCCUCUUCCUCUGAUCUUUCUGCUCAUGAUUCACGGUGUUUCUAGUGCUGACUGGGGUGUGAGUUACAGUCCUUCACACAUCUGUGCACUAAAGAACUCAUCAGUGAUAAUGAACUGCACUUAUACAUACCCUACUGGACAUCAGAUCAUGAGAGUCUUCUGGACAAAAACACUGGUAAAAGAUAAUGGAGAGUUUCCAGAUCUGUCUGAGGACCCUGAAUACAGUCAGAGGCUUCAGUAUCUGGGAGAUAAACAGCAGAACUGCACCAUCAGACUGAGUCAUGUGACACUGGAGGAUUCACACAAGUACUAUUUCAGAUUCACCACUAAUAAACAGAAGAUAUGGAUCUUCACUGAUGAAGAAAAAUGGCUGGGUAAACCAGGAGUGACUCUUAAUGUUACAGAUCUUCAGGUGGAGUCUCCUGAGAGAGUGACAGAGGGAGAUUCAGUCCGUCUGACAUGUAAAAGCAGCUGCAAUCUGACUGACAGAGCAACAUUCAUCUGGUACAGAAACUCACAGCCAUUAACUGAGAGAAGAGACAGAAACAAUGAACUCCUGCUGCAGUCAGUCAGAAGAGAGGAUGCAGGCAGAUAUAGCUGUGCUGUACACGGACACAAUCACAUCUCUCCUGCUGUUGAGCUCAAUGUCAUGUAUGCACCUAACAACGUCUCAGUGUCCAUCAGUCCAUCUGGUGAAAUAGUGUCAGGAGAUUCAGUGACUCUGAACUGCAGCAGUGAUUCAAACCCUCCUGCUCUGAACUUCAGCUGGUUUAAAGGAGAAACAUUUGUUGGAUCUGGAAGAAUCUACAGAAUCUCAAAGAUCAGCUCUGAUGACAGUGAAAAAUACAAGUGCAAGUCCAUCAAUGAACAUGGAGAGAAAUACUCUGAUAAUGUGACUUUAAAUGUCAUGUACCCACCCAGGAACGUCUCUGUGCUCAUCAUUCAGUCUGGUCAGAUUUGGGCGAGAGAUUCAGUGACUCUGAUCUGCAGCAGUGAUUCAAACCCUCCAGCUCUGAACUUCAGCUGGUUUAAGGAGAAUGAAAGCUCAGCUGUUGGAUCUGGACAGAGUUUCAGUGCACUACAGAGUGGACGCUUCUACUGUCAGGCUCACAAUCAACAUGGAUCUCAGAGAUCAGACGCUGUAACUGUGACUGUUAAAGUUGCAGGACAUGUGGUAAUAUUAUACAUAUCCACUGGAGUGGUUUGUGGAGCUGCAGUGAUCAUCAUGAUGCUGAUUUGGGGAAUCAGGUGUAUGAAAAAGAGAAAUGACACACAGGAGUCUCAGAUGGUUCAAUCCAGACCUCAUCAUGAAAGCCGCAAAGCUUGUGAUGUUGAAUUGAGUGAAUAUGGAAAUUCAAGGAUAAAUGUUCUAAAUGAGGAUUGCCUACACUUUUAUCCAAAAGGAAUUAAACACUCAUCAAUGUCAGUGUGAAAAUAUCAAAUGUCUCUAAGUAUAUGGGAAUUUAAAUAACACAAUCCUGUUUUUUCAUUCAUAAAGGCUGCUCAACUCGGCUCUGAACUCAUCUGUGUAUGAAAAUCUUCCAGUAAGAAUACCCACUAGAUAGACACAAAGCCAGAUAUAUUAGCCUUUCCUCAUGACUAAUGUUCUUGAUGCUUUUAUUUAAAUAUUUCGCUAUUAAUAUGUUUUCACUUUCUUUCUUUCUUUCUUUCUUAAUCAGCCUAACAAAAAGAGGCUGUAAUAUUUUGAACACAAAGCAAAUACAUUACAGACUUUAUGCACCUCUUUGUGGGUGGGGCCCUGAAUGAUUGACAGGAGUGUCGUGAUGACCUGUGACUGAAGUAAUUUGGGGAUCAUUUUAUAGAUGGAUGGGUGAAAAUGGAAGUAAACGGUUAAUGAAUUGAUAUAAAAGUGUGUAAUCACUUAAGUGCUUUUUUAUGUUUUUUGUUGUUGUUGUUGUUUGUUUUGUUUUUUUUAUCACGUAUGGAGCUUACAUUAUUAAUGUUUUUAACCUUUAGUAUCAGUAUCGAUCAUGUUUCAAAUGAAAUGCAGAAAAAAUAAGGCUCUAGUUGUACGAUUCCACAAUUUUCUGUCAUUAAAUACAUCAGAAUAACAGCAUAACAAAUAUUAAAGAGCAUUACAUUUAGAGUUUGCUAGAGAAAAACAAACUAUUUAGUCAAAUUAUUAAUAUAAUAAUUAUAAUACUAAACAAAAUUACACUGCCGCAAUCUUGCUGUAGAUCGGAACAACCACAUUUCAAUAAACAAGUCCUUAAUAUAGCAACUUACGUUUCAACUUGAAGUUCGUCCAUAUUCUUCCUCCAACGACGACGAUGACGGUUAGUCACUCCAACAGUGAGUGACUAACCGAAACACAGGCUGAAAGCUGGACCGGAAUAAUAUAAAUUGGUGGAGCGGAGCAACAGACAUUCUCCUCCCAGUUCAAAGCGUCAUGUAAUCCGCCGUUCGAGCUCCACUUCGGGUUUUCAAUCUCAAGCUCGGAGCGAUUCUGCAGACGGAAAGUAUUUGAGCGAGCUGUGUAAUAAUAAAAUACAGAAGACGAACUGGCCAUUUUGAAUCUGUAGACAAAACCUGUACAUAAAAAUCCACAAGAAUAAGCAAAAUACUUAACGUAAUAAACUUUAUCUUUUCUGCAUUUCACUGUACUAUGCAUUGUGGCUCUUAUGACACAUAUGUUGAAUGAUGGUAAAUAUUUAAAUGUCAAUAUUUAAAUGUCAUUUAGAAGUCAAAUUGUAUCCAGAUUCUAGAGAUUCAGAUAUUAUGUAAAUGAAUAAUUACCUAAUAAAAAUAUCAUUGCAAGAACAGCUAA